AUGCUUGCGUCUCCCCCCCCCCCAAAAGAAGGACGACUGGUCUUGGGGGUCGGUGCCAUUGGAUCGGUAUCAUCAGGCGAAUCACGUUCCCCGGGUGGCCUCGUGGUCUUGUAUAAACCGGAAACGACGACCCUCCGAGAAACGAUGGUGAUCGCGCCUCUGCUGGGUCCCGCGAAAGGAACAGAAAAUAAGGCACACGAGAAUGAACACACCGGCAAGGAGGAUCAUGAUUCGGUUGAGCAGCUUUUUUUGUUCUUGUUCGUAGAGAAGAGCAGGAAAUCCCGGGCCAAACAUUUUCGGACGAAACCCACACUUUCAACCACCUCGCAAGUUGAACUGCCGUUGCCAGGUUGUUCUGAAGUCCCCGCUUGA